AUGGAGAAGCCCGCGCUCCGAUCGUCCCGGAAGGACAUUGUGUUGAGUCGCCGGUAUAUUGAAGGACUCAUUGCAGAGGGAAAGCAUGUCAUCAUUUUCGAGGGCCGCGUCCUCAAGGUGGACGCCUGGAUCAAAUUCCACCCCGGCGGAGAUAAGUCGAUCAAGCACAUGGUCGGCAGGGAUGCAACGGACGAGAUCAAUGCGCUGCACUCUGAAGAAGCCCGCGAGCGCAUGCCCUCUUUCCAGAUCGGACGAAUCGAAGGCCUCUGGUCCAAUUUCCUUCCCCCGAUCCAAGGCGGCAGGUUCCGUCUCUACACAGAGGAGACGUGCUCGAGCGAGGAGGACUUGACCAGCCAAGAAAACUCCAGCCGGGACGGAUCCCUUCCACCGUCCCCAAUCUUUGACGCCGUCGAUUCUAAGCCCACCCGUCGAAAGAACGCCUCGCAAGCAGCCGACUUGUCUGUUUCCACUCCUCCAACCCAAGACUCCCAGCCGAAGCCGGCUUUCCUGGACGCUCGAACACAAAAGGAAAUUGACUUCGACAUUGCCAAAUACCCAUCGUUGGAUACUGCAAACCAGGAAAGCAUUAAGCUGAAAUACCGCGCCUUGCAUGAACGCAUUCAAGCCGCAGGCCUGUUCAAAUGCAACUACUUCUCCUACUUCAUUGAAGGUUGUCGAUAUACCCUCUUUGCAACCUUAGCAUACUUCUUUCUUCGCCUGGGUUGGUGGGGAACCUCCGGCUUCUUCCUCGGAUGCUUCUGGCACCAGCUUGUUUUCACAGCUCAUGAUGCCGGCCACAUGGGUAUCACCCACAAUUUCCACAUCGACACCACAAUCGGCAUCCUCAUUGCCGACUGGAUGGGAGGAUUGAGUCUGGGAUGGUGGAAACGAAGCCACAACGUGCACCACAUCGUGACCAACGAGCCCGAGCACGACCCGGACAUCGAGCACAUACCCUUCUUCGCCAUUUCCCACCGGUUCUUUACGAGCCUCCAGAGCACAUACUACGACCGCCAAAUGACCUUUGACGCCCCGUCUAGGUUCAUGCUCAAGAUCCAGAACUACUCAUACUACCCCAUCAUGGCGCUGGCCCGCUUCAACCUCUACCGCCUCAGCUGUGAGUACCUGUUGAAAGGCCAAGCCCCGAAGAAGGGACCCGCCUGGUGGCACAUCUAUCUCGAGAUCGCCGGCCAGAUGUUCUUCUGGUACUGGUAUGUCUACCUCGUGCUGUACAAGUCGAUUCCCGACUGGGGUAGCCGCUUCGUCUUCCUCAUGGUGUCCCACAUUGUGCCCUCGCCCUUGCAUGUGCAGAUUACACUGUCCCACUUCGCCAUGUCCACCGCCGACCUGGGCGUCCACGAAUCCUUCCCCCAGAAGAUGCUGCGUACUACCAUGGACGUGGAUUGCCCUACCUGGCUGGACUUCUUCCACGGUGGCCUCCAGUUCCAGGCAAUCCACCACCUCUACCCUCGCAUGCCGCGUCACAACCUCCGUCGUGCCCAGAAGUAUAUUCUGGAGUUUUGUCGUGACACCGGUAUUCCCUACGCUAUCUUUACCUUCUACGAUGGAAAUAAGGAGGUUAUCAGUCGGCUUGGAGACGUGGCGAAGCAGGUCCGUCUCAUGGAGGAGUGUCGCAAGUCAAUUGCGCAGGAGGGUGUCUUCUCGCAUCACUGA